UCCCUCCGCGGUCAUCAUUGUCAAUCUUCUCUCUCUCUCUCGCCCGACGGCCACUGCCGCCUCUUCUUUCUCUUUCGCUUGCCGUCGACGCUGUUGCCUCUUUUUAUCUCGCUCACUGUUGCAUCCUAUCCUUGGUUACGUCACCACCAUCUCAUCUCCUCAGAAUUUAAGGGAGAAGCUGACCGCGGUUUGGUGAGGGACUUAAAUUGCCCAAUUGAAAAAUUGGGAGAUAAAAUUGAUAACUUUCUUUUGUAACAAAGGGACCAAUAGGUCAGAGUGGUUUGUUAGUGGACUAUUUCGGAAAUUUUGCCAUAUUUAUUUAUAUAAAAGUUAUAAAACUCGGCGAUGAGUCCUGUGUUCGAAUCCUCUUUGUGGGUUUUUGGGGAAUAAUUCUUGGUUUUUCUUUAUACCUUUAAUGGAAGAAUUUCGAGAUCAAACGGGUAGCGAUUGCCAUGGCGAUGCGAAGCUGGGAAAGCAGAGCUCGCCCAGCAUUGCGCCCUUCGACCACUCCGUUGACGACUUCUUUGCCACAAUGGAUUCCAUCUCCGCUCUUUUUGGUGACACACCCAGUGAGGUCUUCCUGCUAUCUCAGAUCGAACGAUUUUCCUCCAUGAUCAUGUUUUUGAAAGAAUGGCAGCAGUUCUAUAAUGAACCAAAAGUUCUAAAUUUUUCUUAUGAAAGUGAGUCUGGUCAAGUGAAUGAUUUCAGUGAGGGGGUAACAUUGCCACAAUUUUCUUCAGCUUCAGUUUCAGUACCUGAGAUGGAAUCUUUACCUGAAAAUGUGAGAUCUUCUAGCAGGAGUGAUUUUGUAUUACAUGUUGGUGGAUCUAUUUGGGCAUUGGACUGGUGCCCUAGGACAGAUGAGAAAACUGAGAGCCAAGUCAAUUGCGAGUAUCUUGCAGUUGCUGCCCAUCCUCCUGGUGCUUCAUAUCACAAGAUAGGAGUACCUUUGGUUGGAAGGGGCUUAAUUCAGAUUUGGUGUCUCCCAAGUUUGGACAAGAAAAAAGAACUACCUCAAGUGAAGCCUAAAGGAAGAGGGAGACCAAAAAUAAUACUAAAACAAUCAGAUACAGAUUUGUCUCAUGAGUUAAACCAAAAUGAGUUCUCUGCUACUAGGAGGAAGAGAGGGAGACCUAGAAAGAGACAUGCAGAAGAUGAUGCUUUAUAUGAUUUAGAUAACAAGAAAAUAUUACAGUCACCAAAGCCUCGAGGUAGACCUAGAAAAAUAGAAAAAUUGAGUACAGAUGAUUUGGCCAGAAGGGAGAUUCUUCCUGCUAGGCCUCGAGGAAGACCGAGAAAGCACAUGAAUCGGGGAUUAAAUGGCCCAGAUAGUGUCAAUGGAUUAAUUUUAGGGAGGUCCACCAGGACACUGGAAAGUAUGGAUGACAAAGAAGCACUUCCAUCCACUGAUCAUGUGAGUUUAAGCAUAAUGCAUUGUGUGCCAGUUGUAAAUGUUGAUGCUGGAGAUGUGGUAGAAGUACCUGUCUCAGGUGACAUGAAAGAAGAACCAGCUGCACCUAAGCGUACAGGAAGACCAAGAAAGAAAGCACUGCUCAGUGCUAACAAGAGCCUUGCAGCAUCUGCUGUUGCAGUAGAUGAAUAUGCAAUCAAUAAUGAUGAAAUUUUAAGCGCAAAUGCAUACAUCACACCUUUGGAUGUUGAUUCAGGGGAAGUUGUUUUCUCUUCACAUGUUCUAGCUAAUGGUAGUGUUAAUUCUGAAACAAAUACACCCAAGCAGAGGGGAAGACCUAGAAAGGAACCAUUGUCAAGUACAAAUAAGUUUCAUCGAGAAUCUGUUGCUGAAUUACAGGUAGAUGCAUUUGGUAAUGGUGCACUUACAAGCACAGAUAACUGCAUGGCUCCUUCGCAGAUUGGUUUGGGGAAUAUUGCUUCACUGUCAGUAACUUCAGGCAAUUUAGUUGUUGAGAAGGCAUCAUGUGUGUGCAGUGUAGAUGACAUUGCAGCAUGUAGUGUCGAAGUAGACAUGGAGGCAUUUGGCAAUAAUCUAAUUUCUAGCAGAGGUGAUGGUUUGCCAUAUUUGAAUGCUGAUUUGCGGCAUGUUGCUUUGCCUUUGACAACUUCAGCUGGUUCAAUCAUUAAAGAGAAGUUAUUUGUUUCUGGGUAUCAUGGACAACCUAGAGAGUCAACAAUUUCAAGUGCAAACAAGGGUGUUCUGACACCUGGUGUUGAUGUAGAAGCUAAUGCAUCUGGCAGUAGUCUUACUUUGAACUCAAAUAAGGGCAUGACACCUUUGAAUUCUCAUUCUGGGAAUGCUACAUUGUUUCCAACAUCAGGCAAUACACAUGCUGAAGAGCAAUCAUUUGUGCCAAGGCCUGGAGGAAAACCUAUAGAUCAAUUUAAUCAAAGCACAACCAAGACCGUUUCAACAUCUGGUGCUGACUUCAAGCUAUUCAGUAACCUAGAGCUUGUUAGUUCAAGAGAAAAUUUUAUUUCUGGUGAUUGUCAAAGUGAAAUAAUUGUGUCAGACGCAUGCGAAGGUGUCACAAAUGGAAGGGCAAACACUAUGCCUUGUUCUCAUAUUCCAGAAAAUAUUGCUUUGCCCAGGAUGGUUUUCUCUCUAGCUCACAAUGGAAAAGUUGCGUGGGAUGUGAAAUGGAGGCCUAAAACCUCCAUUAAAUCUGAAGGCAAACAACAUAUUGGCUAUCUUGCUGUGUUGUUGGGCAGUGGUUCUGUUGAAGUGUGGGACGUGCCGCACCCUUCCUUGGUCAGGAGGUUAUACGUCUCUUCUAGAAUUGAAGGUACUGAUCCGCGUUUUCUUAAACUGGAGCCUGUUUUCAAAUGCUCAAAGAUAAAAUGUGGAGAUAGACAAUGCAUUCCUCUAACGCUGGAAUGGUCACGCUCAGGUUCUAGUGAUUUAAUGUUAGCUGGAUGCCACGAUGGAACAGUUGCUCUAUGGAAGUUCUCUUCUCACUGUCCUUCUCAAGAUACAAGGCCUCUGCUCUGUUUCACUGCUGAUGCCGGUCCCAUAAGAUCUCUUGCUUGGGCGCCAGAAGAAAGUGAUCCUGAGAGCUUAAAUCUAGUAGUAACCACUGGACCAGAAGGCCUCAAAUUUUGGGAUCUACGUGAUCCACAUCGUCCUUUGUGGGAGCCUUACCCUGUGCAGAGAGCCAUAUUGAGUUUGGAAUGGACGAAAGACCCCAGGUGCAUUAUUAUCUCACUCGAUGAUGGCACGUUGAGGACCUUCAGCUUGUGGGAUUUGGCAAAUGAUGGUCCAGUGAUUGGAAAACCUUCUGAUGGCAUGAAGCAGCCUGCAUGGCAUAGUUACUUUUGUUCACCAUUUGCCCUUUGGAGCAUCCAAGUGUCAUGUUCAACAGGUCUAGCUGCUUAUUGCAGCGCAGAGGGUUCCACGUAUUACUUUAAGCUUACAGUUAAUUCUCUGAAGGAUCCUCGGAAUCGUCUCCCACACAUUUUAUGUGGUUCACUUUUAAAAGAUGGUGAAACACUUAAGAUAAGCACCCCAUCUCUGGUGACAAAGUGCAUGAGCAACUGCACAGUGACCUCCCAAGCUCUUAUUCCCUAUACUGCAGGUGCAAAUCAAGCUGGACCAAAAGACUCAAAAUCUUCACCUCCAGGGAAUAGGAUCUUCUUUUUUCCUGAGAUGAAGAAGCCAAAAUCAAAGCCAAAAAAUGUACAGGAUAUAUCAAAACAGUUAGUUCAGAGGAGUGAACAUGGAUGUAGAGAAGCAGAAUCAGAGUUUUUGGAUUUUCCUUCCAAAAUUUUGGCUAUGCACAGAGUAAGAUGGAACAUGAACAAAGGAAGUGAGAGAUGGCUUUGCUAUGGUGGAGCUGCUGGCAUUGUACGCUGUCAGGAAAUUUCUUGAGUAAAACCAGCAACUAACAUUAAUGGUAUUGUAGUAUGCAGCUUCCUGCUAGACGACUGACUGAAUCUACCACGCAAAGUCCCUCUUUCUUCUCGUGUAAAAUGUCAUAUUUAAUGUAACAACUGGUGUAUUUAUAAUGUUUAAUGUAGUAUGUUGGAGGAACAAUAAUAAUUUUUCAUGAGUUUUUCUCUUCAUGAGCC